UGAACUCUGACAGGCAAAUGAUCACAAAUGUUCCCGCUGUGAAGGCCAGGGUUUACCUAUCCGGCGUUAUCUCGUCCGGUGUCGGGCACAGGUGUGUGCACAGGUAACAGGGCAGGUACCGCACCUGCAGGACUUCCCAGGUAACAUACCUGUCCAUGUGCGCAAGAUGUUUCAUUUGAAAAGAAAGAGUACGUACAACAUGCCGGGCCGUUGGAGUGUAGUCCUCGGGCUGCUGGCGUGCCUCUUCCCGCAGAGCCAUGCGGCCCUACCCCACGGCUGCGUGGUCCUGGAGGACCGGACAUUCUCUACGGAAGACGUCUCGGGCAUCUUUGGGGUGAACCGGAUCCUGCAGACGGAGGCCCCGCCGCAGCGUGUCGGUACGAUGCGCGACCAGGGCCCGCUGCCCACCGGACACUUUGCCACCAACCAGAUCAAACCGCACACCGCGCCCAUGAGACUCUUCCCGUACUCUGGUAAGCGCAGAUAUAACAGUGUAGAAUGGGCAAUGUAG